CCAAAAAAUGUUUUUUUCUCAUUUACUCACCCUCUUGUCAUUUCCAACCUGUAUGACUUUCUUUCGUCCGCAGAAUGCAAAAGAACACCUUUUGAUGAAAGUAAUUGGUAACCGUACAGCACUGAACCCCAUUCACUUGUAUGGACACAAAACCAAUGCAAGUGAUUGGGGGCCAGUUAACAACAUUCUUCAAAAUAUCUUCUCUUGUGUUCUGCGAAAGAAAGAAAGCCAUACAGGUUUGAAAUGGCAAGAAGUUGAGUAAAUGAUAACAGAAUUUUCAUUUUUGGGUGAACUAUCACUUUAGAAAUGAGAAGCUUUAUGAUGCUUUGCAGCUGAUGCUGUCAUUGCAGGUUUAUACACCUCAUUAAUUUAGUUUAUAUAACACUCUGAUACUUGACCUGUUCCAGACAUCGAGGCCAAAGUGCAAAUCUAACUCAUCAGUUAAGUUGUUAAUUGUUACAUUAUUGUGUUUUGAUAGCUGGAAUUGCAAUAUGAAGUAUUUUUCAUUUUCAUCUGAACUACACAGAUGUGGAAUAUGAAUUUAGGUAGCACGUAUAAUACUGCGAUAAUACUCCACUGCAUUCCUAAACAUUUCAAUUGAUUUUCUCGUAAUUUCCUUAGUCUCUUUAUUUGUCCUUUUAUUUACCUUUCCUUAUUCAGUAAUCGCAAAAGAUGGAUAAUUCAUGGAAUAUAUUCUCAUGAACUACUAGAGAAAUAAACCUGAUCCAAUGUCUUAAAGCAUUUCAAAUACCUGAAUAGUGUCUCGUAUCCAAAGGUGCGAUUGACCGGCAGUCCAGAACAGAUGAAAAUGAACUUUGACAAAUUCAAAUCCCAGUAGUUAGCCAUUUAUCUUUUAUUACAUUAUUGCAUCAAAUGAUAUAGAGUACUCUAUAAUAGUUUACUUCAUAAUAAAGGUUAUGAAACAUUUUGGCUGCACAACCUAAAGACACGGUUUGACUUAAGUUGUCUGUGUUUUGGUUCAUGCACCAAAGGUCAGUCACAUGUUCGGGUCAAAGGUGAGGUGCGAAAACACUGGAAAAUUUUCCACAAAUAUACUGCUGGUGUCACAUGUCAACAAAAAUGUGAAUUCCGCACAUGAUGCAGGACAUGCGUUUUAAUAUUAGCUUAAUAUCUUCCAACACUGAAGCUUUGUAGAAUAUAUUCAAACGUACUUACCUGAAAUGAAAUGUAUGUGUUUCUUGUGACAGUAGUUUCUAUGUAAAUCAAAUCAAGGUUGUGUCACCACAUGACGUACAGUAUGUCAAUGAAAAAUAUACACAAUGCAGGCUUUUUUUAAGCACAGCUCAGCCCUGAUGUCAUACACGCAAAGGUUUCUGUGUAAACACAAGCAGCAAGCGUAAACACAAGCAUCACUGCACCCACAAAGAGGGUCUUGUUUUUUUUCCAGCGCAAUUUUUGACAAAGAAUUGGGGUGUGUCUCCAUGAGAGUGCAAAAUAUAAGCUCGGUCCUGUGGAACUAGAUUAAAUAGCAAUUAAAUGCAAAGUCAUUUCUGAGCAAACUGGUACUGCUGUAAGACAGAACUGCACCUCUCAGGGUUGAUGGCAUAUUUUUUUGUGAAUUUAAAUAACUAAAUUGUAGCUCACAGUAUCUCCGUAUUGUUGAAUAGAAAAUGUGUAGCCUUUAUGAAACUACUCUUAAAACUGCAAUCUUUAUAUUUUUGGUUAAAAAUAAACAAAAAUUAGUUAUCACAUAAAGUAAAUAAAAAUGAGUCCAAAUCACAAAUGUAAGCUUAUAAUAAUGACUUAUAAAUGGAGGGUCCAAAGUUACGGAUUGCACCUCUAAUAAAAACAAGACAACUACCUAGUUUUCUCCUAAAUUCCUUAGUUUUGUUUGUUUUGAUACGUUUUUAUUUACUUCAUAUCCUAAUGAUUUUAGGCAUAAAAGAAAAGACGAUGAUUUUGACCCAUACAAUGUAGUUUUGGCUUUUGCUAAAAAUGUUCCUGUGCUACUUAAGAUUGGUUUUGUGAUCCAGGGUCACAUUUGAAAAUCUUUUUAAACAUGUUUUCCAGAAGGUUAAACUUUAACCUGUAUUGCUUUCGGAGGGCGAUGGGUGGGGGCUGAUCAGGACGUUUUAUCUGUAGAUUCAGGAAGGGCCUGAUGUAUAACGGGCACAAACCGAAUCGCAGCGGGAGUGGCCUGUGUGUUUCUGCCCCUUCAGAGCAUCAAUAAAAGGCGGAGAGCUCCGGGCUUUGAGCACAGCUGUCUUCAUCACACCAAACCCUGGAUGCCUUCUCUAGCAGGAGAGAUCCAAUCUCACGCCUGUAGCUUAGGGUGACCCUCUGAGACGCGGAUGAAGAAACAAAUCUUAUUACUUUUCACAUACCGAGGACUAGUAAGAAAAGGGAAGAAGAGUAAAAGAAGAAAAUGGCCAAGUUUAUAUUACGGAAAGCCGAACCCAAAGACGUGUCUGAUAUACUGCGACUCAUAAAGGAACUGGCAAAAUAUGAAGAAAUGGAGAAUCAAGUUAUUCUAACUGAAGAAGACCUCCUGGAGGACGGCUUCGGAGAUCACCCGUUUUAUCACUGUAUAGUGGCCGAUGUGCCCGAAGAGCAUCAGAGUGCUGAUGCUCAUGUGAUCAUUGGCUUUGCCAUGUAUUAUUUCACCUAUGACCCCUGGAUUGGCAAAUUGCUCUAUCUGGAAGACUUCUAUGUCAUGAAGGAAUACAGAGGUUUCGGAAUUGGCUCUGAAAUCCUGAAGAAACUGAGUCAUACGGCCGUGAGGACGCGCUGCAGUAGUAUGCACUUCAUCGUGGCGGAGUGGAACAAACCCUCUAUCGAGUUCUACAAGCGGCGUGGAGCUUCCGACCUCUCCCUGGAAGAAGGAUGGAGGCUCUUCAAGAUUGACAAACACAACCUGAUGAAGAUGACGGAUGAGGAGUGAACGUGAGGUCAGGAGGAUGCGGUUUCUAGAAGAAGCUUAUGUGCCUGAGACUGCUGGCGAAAUUCAUCUCUAGUAUUUAAUCCAUGAUCAACCCCUUGUUUAUGUUGUCCACUAAAGUGAACAGAUUUUUGACCAUUCAGAAUGAUACAUCUAAACUUUAUUUUUUACUCUAAAUCCGAAUGCGUAUGAUCUUUAUUAUAAGUGAUAUAAUGUGUGUUUUUGUAAAAGUGGUGAUGCACUGAAGAACCUCUUGUUUUUCAAGCUCAGUAAAACAUUUCAGAUUUCAGUGAUUUAAUCAUUUAUGCAUCAAAUGCUUAAGCCGAGUUUUAGUUUUUGGCUACAAUGCAGUGUAAUGAUGUUGUCAUGCAUAUGACAUUUUAUAUUUCUGUUUAAGUAAUGUUUUUACAUAGUUAAUAAAGGAACAUGUUAAAUGUUUAAA